AGUCGGCGCAGUGUGGCAGACCGCGCCGCCGACUGUGAGCUGUGUGCGAGUGCGUGCCGUGUGCGUCUCUCGCGGAGAUCGUUCUGCCUGCGCGCGCGCUCGGUGCAACCGAGUACUCGUCAUCGGCCGAGCUCGCCGCAGCCGUCCUGCUCGUCCUUCGUGCGGGCUCGUUCGCUCCGACUUGUCGUCUGCAAACGCCGCCGCUUGGAUUCGCUUCUCCCUCGUGCUCGCCAAGUUCCCUUGGUUUCUGGUGGACGCAUCUCUCUUUCGUUCUUUUCUUGCCGCCUUCUGUCGUAGAGGUCAGUGCCGGCCAGGAGCAGCAUCCGGCAACACCGUGGGUUGAUUCGCGUGCCUGCCAUCGGCGUGUGCCCUUUUGCUGAUAGCGGUGUCUCAGACAGAAGCUUUAGUGCGCGCGUGUGUUGUUAGCUUUCUUUUUCUCUCCUUUUCUGUCCGCCCGUUUCUCUCGCAUUGCUUCUUUUGUGUCUUGUGUUUCGAACCUGCGUAUUGUGUGAAUUGGCCGCGGAAGAUGUCGCCGAAAGUUCGCUGCUCGGACCGCGAACGCGGCACUUGGGUCUGAAAUGCCGUCAUCUAACUACAGCGUGUUGCAACGUCGACCUGUGCCGGUGGUAACACGGAGAGUUUGGAUUACGUGCCCCAUUCCUCAACGGACGCGGAGUUGGGCACGGUGGUGAGCUGCGGCUGCUGCUCGCGGAACACGUGCCCACCUGCCCGUGGAUGACUGCCCCAGCACGGCGCCCGCCUUCCUCGGUGGCUGGCGAAGGACCAUGUCCAGGAGGGCACUGGGCAGCACCAGCGGCACCUACCAUGUCCAAGCCUCCGAGUCAGCCCGCGACGCCAAGAAUGUCAAGACCCUCCGUUGCAUCGUCUUCUUCCUGGAUGACAGCCAGCAUACCUUCGAUGUUGAGAAACGAUCCAAAGGCCAAGUUUUAUUUGACCUCGUCUUCCGACACUCCGAACUGGUGGAAAAGGAUUACUUUGGGCUGCAAUUUUCAGAAAAGGCAUCGUCCAUUGAUGGCAUGAGGUGGCUUGAUCCUGUAAAAAGUAUCAAAAAACAGAUGAAAGUUGGACCUCCGUACCUGCUUUACUUUCGUGUAAAGUUCUACGUUUCUGACCCUAGCAAACUUCAGGAAGAGUGGACGAGGUACUACUUUUUUCUUCAACUCAAAAAGGACAUCCUGGAAGGGAGGUUGGUUAUCCCACCAGCCACGGCAGCUCUUCUUGCCAGCUACGCUGUUCAAUCUGAACUCGGAGACUACAAUCCUGAUGACCACAAGCAUGGCUACCUGGCUGACAUGAGAUUAGUGCCUCAUCAAACGGAAGAACUGGAGGAAAAGAUUGCCGAGCUGCACAAGCUGCACAAAGGCCAGAAUUCAGCAGACGCAGAGUUCAACUUUCUUGAGCACGCAAAGAGGUUGGACAUGUACGGUGUGGAUUUGCACAAGGCAAGGGUAAGGGACUCUACACAAGCUGAGAUUCAGCUUGGCGUGACGUCCUAUGGUCUCGUAGUUUUUCAGAACAACAUACGCAUCAACACCUUCUCCUGGGCAAAGAUAGUGAAGAUCUCAUUCAAGAGAAAACAGUUCUUUAUUCAGUUGAGAAGAGAAGGGACUGAAAGCUACGACAAUCUCCUCGGCUUCAACAUGCUCAGCUACCGGUCAUGCAAGAACCUGUGGAAAUCGUGUGUGGAGCACCACACCUUCUUUCGCCUGAACUUGCCCCGUCCAACCACCAAGCGGUUUCUCUUCAGCCUCGGUUCCAAGUUCAGAUACAGCGGCCGAACAGAAUACCAGACACUUGAAGACAUGAAGAAGAGGGGCCUGGAUGACCGGCCUUUUCUCAGGUCCCCCAGCAAGCGUUGCAUCCGACAGACCGUGCCGACGCCCGCAGAUGCCCGCGACAAGCCGUCCAAAAGCCUGGCCCGAAUGAACGGGACGUCCAGCGCACAUGUGCGCCCCUACGACAGCUUCAGCCACAAAGUACAAAUUUCCGGGCCCGAGUACCUGCCGCGCAAAGCCUGGGUCGACGGUGCUGUGGAUGCCCAAGCAUUUACACCUGCUAUUCCUCCCAAGAUGAUCCGAUACGCUGACGAUGACUCUCUUCCAGAGCUGAUAAUGGCGAACGGCUCGGCCGGCGCGGACGACGUCGGGCCCCCGCCGGUGCGCGUGUGCAUGCGCCCCGACGCCGAGGGCCGGUUCGGCUUCAACGUGAAGGGGGGCGCCGACCAGAGCCUGCCCAUCCUGGUGUCCCGGGUGGUGCCGCACACGCCCGCCGACACGUGCUCGCCGCGGCUGCGCGAGGGCGACCAGCUGCUGCUCAUCAACGGCCGGGACGUGGCCGGCCUGUCGCACGAUCAGGUGGUCAAGCUCAUCCGGGCGCCCAAGGACAAUGGAGAGCUCGUGCUCACCGUCAAGGCACAGGUACCCGCAGGCGAGCAGAUCGAGGAGCCCGACUUUCAGUACAUUCCGGACUCUGCAGUGGCGGGCCGGGGCAACCGAGCCGGCGGAGGAGCGCUGGCCGAGUCGAUGCUGCUCUUGGCCGAGGGUCUUGAGAGCGGCGCCACCAUCGCCCAGUUUGAGCAACUGUACCGCAAAAAGGCAGACUAUACUAUGAAAUGUGCCAGGCUGCCUGCCAACCUGUCAAAAAACCGAUACAGAGAUAUCUCCCCGUAUGAUGUCACUCGAGUCAUCCUUCAGGAAGGCACAUCUGGGGACUAUAUAAAUGCUAGUUAUGUAAAUAUGAACAUCCCCACGUCGGGCAUUGUAAAUAGGUACAUAGCCACACAAGGUCCUUUGCCCAACACCACGAUAGAUUUUUGGGAGAUGGUCUGGGAGCAGCAGUGCACUCUGGUGGUGAUGCUGACAACACUGGUGGAGCGGGGCCGCAUCAAGUGUCACAAGUACUGGCCGGACCUGUAUGAAACAGACACCUAUGGCCACCUGCAGGUGUCCUGUGUACGACAGAAAGAAACGCCAUCCUUUGCUUUUCGUGAAUUCACCCUCAUAAACACACAGAACCGGGAGGAGCGGCACAUCACCCACAUGCAGUACCUAGCAUGGCCAGAUCACGGGGUGCCCGAAGAGGCCUCAGAAUUCUUGGGGUUCGUGCAACGCGUCAGAAGAAGCAGGGACGGCAUGGUGGAGCCCACCGUGGUGCACUGCAGUGCUGGCAUUGGCCGCACGGGUGUCCUCAUCCUCAUGGAGACGGCCAUGUGCCUCAUCGAAGCCAACGAGCCUGUCUACCCGCUCGACCUUACACGUGACAUGCGGGAUCAGCGCGCCAUGCUCAUCCAGACCUCUAGUCAGUACAAGUUUGUUUGUGAGGCUAUCCUCAAGGUGUACAAUGAUGGUGUUGUCAAGCCUUUGCCUGAGUACCAGAGAUGCUUAACGACCACUGUCUGAUGAAAGGACAAACCAACACACGUCUCCUGUCAGCUUGUGCCAGAAUGCAAGGACUUGUUCAUCACCGACACAACUGCAGCACUGGUCCCCAUUUUGCGGCAUUCGCUCUCUUCUCAUGCGUUCAUUUCACCAAGGCCCACCAUUUCUACCACAUAGCAGCACCACUACAAGUAUGAAGCUUGUGGACUGUGGAGUUUAGAAAAUCUAAACUAGCAUGAUGAAGAAUGACACGAAUUAGCAAAACAUCCACACAGUGUGUGUGUGCGGCCGCCCCGACUGCGUCAAGAGCCACGCAAGAGUCUCGCAGCAGACGCUCCUACCACUUGCUGCAUCUAGAGUGUGCAUAUAAUGAUGACGUCACACCUACGCUGUGUGAAACAUUUUACAUUUUUCGUGACAAUGCGAGUGUCGCCGCUUCUCCCAGUGAAUCCUCGUCAUGUAUUUAGCACUCCAUCUUGAAAAGACUGUGCAAAUGUUAUUGCUGUCUUGCUGCUGCUGCAGCUGCUGUAUUUUUAUAGUGCCCUUUUUAGGAAUUUUUUUUUUGUACAUAAUGGUGUGAACUUUGUCAUUGUAGAUAAAUGUUUGGAAACCCUG